UCUCGACUGACAUUCAGUUGACUGUAUUUAGCGCAGCACGACGGUUGCUAUCGCCAUUAUCUCACGACGAGCGUGCGCUUGUAACACGGUCAAUAAACUUUAAAACAAAAGACGAACCCACUUUGUUGUGUGUUAAACACUCGUGCUUAAAUCAGCAAAAUGGCUACAGAAGUUGUCAAUAACGCUCCCGACAAUACCACCAAAGAGAAAGAAAUGAAGGAGGACGCGCCCGCUGACAAUACCCAGACAAAAGAAGAAAACGCUACCGAAGAAAAAGUUGAGGAAAAAGUGGCCGAAGAGAAGAAAGCUGAGCCAGCAGCACCAAAGCCGAAUGUCCAUAAGGCGAACUUCCAGCAAGAUAUGGUCUAUCUCUACCAAUUUGCCAGGACGCCUUUGUUACUCUCUACAUCCCCGUACUGCUUGAAAGUUGAAACUUGGCUUCGCUUGGCCGGUAUCAAAUAUGAGAACGUAGACCACAAAGCGAAGUUCAGGUCUAAGAAAGGCCAGCUCCCAUUCAUUGAGUUGAACGGUGAAGAGAUCGCUGACAGCACCUUCAUCAUCAAGCAGCUCUCCGAGAAGUACAACAAGGACCUUGACGCAGCCCUAACGCCGGAACAACGUGUCGUCACUCAUGCUAUGGUAUCGAUGAUCGAGAAUCAUCUAUCAUGGGUGAUGCUCUGGUGGCGUGCCAAGUACCCGGAUAGUGUCAUCAAGGGUUACCAGGUCAACUUGCAGAACGCUCUUAACACACGUCUGCCCAACGCAAUCUUGAACUUCUGCUACAAACUCACCUCUGGACGUAAGGGGAUGAAGAAGGCCAAAGCCCACGGCAUCGGGGUACACAGUCAGGAAGAGAUCAUCGAGUUCGGCAAGAACGAUCUCCGCGUGCUCUCGGACCUGCUCUCCGACAAGCCUUUCUUCUUUGGAGACGAGCCCACUCUUCUUGACGUUGUGGCAUUCGCGAACUUAGCCCAACUUCACUUCAUUGACAAAGAAGUGCCGCACCUGUUGCGCGAUGCUAUGAAUGAGUCGUUCCCGAACCUAGUUGGUCUAGUGUCUCGUAUCAAGGAGCGCGCCUACCCCGACUGGGACGAGAUUUGUGUCAGCGAGGUCGCUCCUCCUGCCAAGAAGGAGGCCAAAGAGACCAAGGAAGGCACAGACAAGCCAGAAAAGCAGCCGCUUGAGGAGGCAGAGAAGGAAAAGGACGAAAAAGAGGAGUUAGCUGAGAAGGAGCCAGAAGACAAAGAGAACGAGAAGGAGAAGGAGAAAGAGAAGUAAAAUAGAAAAUCGAGUAGCACCGUUUUCACAUUUGAAUUCACAUCUGCGCUGUACUCUUUUGUAUAAACACUAUGAAACGGUGGCUUUUAGAUUAACCCGUUUUAUCGUAGAUUUAAUAUAAUCGCAGCCAUACUGACAUGCAAAAUUACAUUUAGGAGUGAGACUCGCUGCAUUCUGUAUAUUAAAAGCGAGUAAAUCCAUUUGUCUUUCCCGUUCCUUAAGUUGAAACCGCGAACGCGUCGGUAUUUAUUGAUAUUUUCCCAUUAGAUUUGCUGUGUCGUUGUCGAUAUAUUUGUGUAAUAUUUUGAUGUGUUCGACGCUUGUUUCAUUGUAAUUGCAGAUUUAAAUUGUAUUUUAACACGUAAGUAAUUGUUUAGGUACUUACAUUGUUAGAUAAUAAUAAUAUUCAACUGGUAUAGCAUUGAAUAAAUUUAGUAUUUACGGUAAUUUAGAGCAUUGGUAAAACUUUGUACUGUUAAGUAUGGUCAGCGGAUAUUGUCGUUUCAUAUAGGUAGAUAUAGUCGGGAGCGUAUUCAUGACUUUUCAUGUUAGUGCUAUCUAGGAAUAUAGAUUUAUGUGCUCAUAUUAUUCUCCACUUAAAUUACAUUGAAUAUUGUGAAAUAUAACAAAUUUAAGUGUUAGUGUAGUUGAUACCAAAAAUUGGCUGAUUUUUAUAGUUAAUUGAAUAAUAUUGUAUCGAGAAACGUUAAGAGCUCACGUGCUUAGACUUUUGGAUAUUCUUUAUAAUUAAUUGGUUUUACACGCGUAAAGAAAAUUUACAAUUUACAAAUUUUUGAUAAAAAUCGAAUGUUUUUCAAUUUUAAUUGUAAUUCAUAGUCCGUAAACUUUUGAUAUUAUAUUAUAGUUAUUUUAAGGUUAAGAGUGUAUCGGAUAUAAUCUGUCCAUCUAAAGGUCCGCGGCACUAUUGCUAGUGACGUGUCUAGCGAACCCUUCUUAGCUUGAUCACAAAAUGUUAGACGUUACGCCUUCAUCGUCGGAGGUUUCCUCCAACUCAUCACCAUCUCACGCAUCUCAUUACGAAUCGUCACCUCACAAUUCACCACCCACAUCACUCCCCGCAUCAGCUCCCGAAUCCGUUGUGUCUUCACGUGAGGGGUCACCGACGCCCGAUUCAUCCUCCGCGGCGACGUCCCCGCACGAUAUUCCAUCUACACCCCCUAUGGACCAGAUCAAUCCUGUUUAUUACAGAUAUUGUGCCAUGCCUCGAGGGUUUCACUACUGGCCUCACAAUUCACCUCCCACAUCAUUCCCCAUAUUUGCUCCCGAAUGCGUUGUUUCUUCACGUGCGAGGUCACGGACGCUCGAUUCAUCACGUUCAUCCUCCGCGGCGACGUCCCCGCAACAUAUUCCACAUACAUGUCCCACUAACAACCGGAUCCAUCCUGUUUAUUACCCAUAUUAUGCCAUGCCUCGAGGGCUUCCCUACCGGCCUCACAAUUCACCUCCCAUAUCAUUUCCCUUGUUUGCUCCCGAAUCCUCCCAUCCUUCACCUUCAUCUUCCGCGUCGAUGUCCCGGCAACGUAAUCCAUGUCCCGCUGACGACCGGAUCCAUCCUGUUUAUUACCCAUAUUGUUCCUUUUAUUGUUAUCUACCGCAACCGGUCCACAGAUAUCCUCCUCCGCCACCUUAUUCGCAGACGCCCGAGGUCUCAGCCAAAGGCUUCCUGGCAACACCUCCAUUAUCGGUAACAUCGACCCUAUCGUCAUUAUCACCGUCGUCAUUGUCCCCGCCAAAAUCACCGGAAAGGGAGAGCGCAAAGGAGAAUUUGCCAUCACCUUCAGCGUCUUUGUCACCAUUCUUGUCAAGUUUCCCAUCAAAGCCGAUUCGUGCUUCGACAUCACUUCCACGUUUAUCGUUUAAAAUCCCACCACCACGUCCAUCAACAUCAUCACGAUCACAAUCAAUGAUACCGCAACCACCAAACAAAUCGUUAAAGAAAUCCGUAUCUGAACCAAAUCUUCAUGAUCAAUCUUAAAUUCACUGUCUAAAAUUAUUAACGUCCGCGAAGCCUACUUUUAUAAUUCAAUUUUUUGUAUUGUGUUACACGGUAACAGAGCAAACCCCAGAGCAUCCUACAUGCUCGAAAAGGUACAAAAUAGGACCGUCAGUCGAUGUAUAGACAAAAUAUAUAUUUUUUUAAUUAACGUCCAUAUAAUUUAAUUAUUCAUUAUGAAUUUAACACAUACAUGUUUACAUAGUAGGCUUAGUUUAAAAUUUUUAUUAUAUACGGAUACUUAACGAUAUUUUCCCUCAUCACACCCCCAUAAUCAUAUGAAUUUUUUAUGUCUCCAUACUCAUUGACUCUUCAUCAUCCACUUGGCGGUUAUUAUUGCUUUGUGAAUCACCAUCAUCAUCAUCACCACUCAUCAUUAAUUACUUGUCAUGCAUACAUUUCAUACUCGGGCCGUCACGCUAAGUUCGGAGCACAAAUCUACAAUAAUACUCACAAAAGACUGUUAUCUCCGCGGUAACUUCGUCUGGGUAAAUUCACCAGCCUCUUAACAUUUAGUUCACUGAAACAGGCUUAGUUCGUUAUUUUUAGCCCGUUAUAUUUAGUUGAGCAGUCGUCUGACCUAUAUGGCAGUUUGGGGCGAUGCAUGGUUCACCAAUGUGGGAUCUUCUGAGACAUUUUAUAGGUAGGGCAGAGUCGUAGGACCUGCAGGGAACGCGGCGAUACGGAAUUUUUUGGUCGUGCGACUUUUUUACGUUUUUCUUACAUAUUUUUGUUGCUAGUUUUCUGUGUAGUGCAUCCUCACACAUACUUAAUGGAUCCAGGACUCGGACCAAUUUUUAUUAGCGUUUACAAUAAGAUGGGAUGAUUUAUGGACAGAUAUAAGCACAAAGCUCUACGCGUUCCCUUCACACUCACGCAAUGUGUCUGCAUUGCGCUUGCGCCAUUCCAGUCUCAAACCAAGCGCUCUUUCGCUAGUUGAAGGACUUCUAGACUAAUUGUCGUCUAUAUACCAUAUAUCUUAAUCUAGUAGGUUAAGGGACUUGUAAAUUUGAUCGAAAUCAACCGUUGUUCACAGAAGUAGAUAUCAUAGCAAGUGUCUCUAAGCGAGUGACCUCGAGGGGGCACUAAAUGAUAUUAGGUGUAAGUUAAUUAAUUCUAGAUGUAUACGCUGUUAAAUAACAGCAAGUAGUAGUACAGUAUAAUUAAAAUUAGUUAAUGAAAUUAAUUUGAGGUUUGAAAUUUUGAUUUGACCAUUUUUGGGGUAAGGUCGACGCAUGUCCCUCCCGACAACUGCUAACCAUCACUGCCACUUAUAAUUGGGUGUAAGAGUUAAGAUUAAGGAUGUUAGCAUAGGAUAUGAGGCAUAGAUAUAUAGCUAACGUAAGGCAAUGUAAGUAUGGAACGUUCGACCAUUCGUGGGCCUGUUUCAGUGCUUUCGGUUCCGCGUCGUAUCGCAUCUCGGACACAAUCGGAAACACUUCGUUAUCUCCGUCGUAAUGUCGGAAGAUUCGUGGGCAAAGCUCAAUUCGUUCAUUCACCGAGUUUAAUUAGUUCAUGAAUCGUUCGACAGCCGAAUCAUUUCAUUAGAAUAUAGCUCAUUCUGAUACGGUUAUAAAAACCACACUAUUUGUACAUAAAUUUAUGAAAUACGUGUUAAAGGAGAUAACAUUCGUUGGGCGUUAUCCGGUUAUGAUUUAAUCAUACUUAGAUGACUAACAUUAGGCAAGUUCGGCUCAAUUGUUGGGAAUUGUUGGAGAUAAGAACAUUUUUCAGACCAGUGGUGGUUUUAACGCGAGCGUUUUCUUUGCCUCACAAAAAAAAUAUAGUAUCUGUAAUCACGUGUUUAAUGUGUUGUAAGCUAAUACCGUAUAUGACAAAUUAUUAGUAAUUAUUGUAGCUACGCUAUUUGUUUAUAUUGUAGUUGUAGUCAAAUAUUAUUUCUAUUUAAAUAUAAUUUCAAUAUUUUCUUUAUCGUAUAGUUAACGUGUUUUUCAAUUAAUGUGUCAAUAUAUGAUAAGUAAUAUUCAAUUUAGAUAGUACUGGUUCGCCAUAUUGUACUGUUUAUACAUAAAAUAACUGAGCUUUCAUUGGAUACAAUGUUCUAUUAAGGAUUUCGAUGUAACAUUCUGUCUACAAUAAAGUAUAUAUCUAAUAA